AGCACCUGCAAACAAUUUCUUCGAGAUUCAAUCCAACAAUAUUGUAUACACGUAUAUAAUUAAUUACUAAGAUAUAAUUAUGGAGGGCUUAGAUGCUUUGUAUGCUGCUGCCAUUGCUGGAGAUGCUGAUGCCAAGGCGAAAUUGGAGAUGGAAGCUGAUAUCCUCAACGAUGAUGACGAAACGAUCCUUCACGUUGAAUCGCGAAAGGGGAAUGCAGACCGGGUGCGAUUCAUUUUGAGUGAGUUUGCAAACAAAAAUCUUGUGGACAAGGUUAAUAUAUAUGAACAGACUGCACUUCACCGGGCAAUAUAUGCCGGACAUAAGGAAGUGGCGGAGAUCAUCAUUGCAGCAGCUAAAGACCAGUUGCCGGAAACUUCCUUUCAAGAGUUUCUUAGGCAAGGUGAUAAAGAUAAUGACACGGCGUUACAUGCAGCAGUCAUGGAAAAAAAUGUAGCUAUUGUGAAGCUAUUAGUAGAGGCCGACCCGACUGAUCCACACACACAAAAUGACAAUGGUAAAACACCCAUGUUCAUAGCUGUGGAAAAAGAGUUGGAGGAUAUAGUGAAGAUCAUCUCUACAACUUGUACAGAUCCAUCUUUGGACGGACCUGAUGGUAGUAUUGUUAUGCCUAUCACAAAUAUUGACCAAGUUGACAGCCGUGGUGGAACACUCUAUAAAAUAAUGGAUAGAGAUGCUUUGUAUGAUGCUGCUAUUUCCGGAGAUGCUGAUGUCAUGGCUAUAUUGGAGAUGAAAGCUGAUAUACUCAACGAAUAUGACGAAAACAUCCUUCACAUUGAAUCGGAGUCUGGAAAUACAGAACAUGUUCAAUUUAUUUUGUCGAAAUUCGAAAACAAAAAUCUACUGGACAAGCAGAAUAGAUUCGGACAAACUGCACUUCAUUUGGCUGUAGGUAACGGACAUACUCAAGUGGCUGCGUUCAUCAUUGAAGCAGCUAGACGACAAUUUGCAGGAACGUCCUUUCAAGAUUUUCUUAGGCGAGGUGAUCAAGAUAUGGACACCCCCUUACAUUGCGCCGUCAUGGUAAGGAACAUAGAUAUUGUGAAGCUAUUAGUAGAGGCCGACCCUACUGAUCCCCAUACACAAAACGAAAUGGGGAGAACACCCAUGUACAUGGCUGUGGAAGAAGAGUUCGACGAAAUAGUAGAGUUAAUCUCUACAACUUGCACAGCUCCUUCUCUCGACGGACCUGAUGGUAGUACUGUUAUGCGUCUUGACCAAGUUAAGAGCCCUGGUGGAACACACUAUAAAAUUAUGGAUAGAGAUGCUUUAUUUGACGCUGCCAUUGGGGGGGAUGGUCAUGCCUUUUCUAAAUUGGAGAUGGAAGCUGAUAAGCUGGACAGAUAUGAUAGAACUAUCCUUCAUACUGAAUCCAUGAAUGGAAAUACGGAACAUGUGCGAUUCAUUCUAAGGGAGUUUGCAGACAAAAAUCUUUUGGUUAAGCUAGGUAAUCAACAAGAAAAUGCACUUGCAUGGGCUGCAUAUUUUGGACACACUCAAGUGGUUGAGCUCCUCAUCGAAGCAGCUAGACACUUGCCUCCUUCAGCUAUUGAUGAUCCAAUAACUUCUUUUCAAGCUUAUCUUAGGAAUGCUGAUCAGGAUUCGAAGACUGCCCUACAUGCAGCAGUGAAGGAACGUCGUGUGGAUGUUGUUAAGCUAUUAGUAGAGGCCGACCCUACUGAUACGCAUAUUCAAAACAAACAAGGUGAAACCCCAAUGUACAUGGCUGUGGAAAACGGGUACAACGAAAUAGUAGAGGUAAUCUCUAAAACUUGCAAGGCUUGUUUUCUCGACGGACCUGAUGGUAGUACUGCUUUGCAUGCUGCUGUUAAGAAUGAUGACGACGAUAGCAUUGAAGUGGUUAAGGUCCUAAUUGAUGCAGCUAGACGUUUGCCUUGUGCUCCAGAUAAUGAUAAUAAUGAUGAUGGUGAUAGUACUGAUGAUCAUACUGAUCCAAAUCGAGUGACUUCUUUUCAAUCUUCUUCAGAUGAUGACAGUACCGAUGAUAAUCCAGUUAGUCCGUUUCAAGCUUUCCUCAGGCGAGUUGAUGAAGAUGGGAACACUGCCUUGCACAUAGCAGUCAUGCUAUGUAACUGGGAUGUAGCUAAACUAUUAGUAGAGGCCGAUCCAAGUUUUGAGGGUACUCGAAACCAGAAAGGUGAAACCCCAAUGUACAUGGCUGUGGAAAACGAGUACAACGAGAUUGUAGAGUUGAUCUCUAAAACUUGCAAGGCUUGUUCUCUAGACGGACCUGAUGAUUCUACUGCUUUGCAUGCUGCUGUUAAGAAUGACGACGUAAGCAUUGAAGUGGUUAAGGUCCUAAUUGAUGCAGCCAGACGUUUGCCUUGUGCUCCAGAUAAUGAUAUUACUGAUUCCAAUGCAGUGACUUCUUUUCAAACCUCUUCUUCUUCAGAUAAUCCAGUUAGUUCUCUUCAAGCUUUCCUCAGGCGAGUUGAUGAAGAUGGGAACACUGCCAUGCACAUAGCAGUCAUGCGACGUAACUGGGAUGUAGCUAAACUAUUAGUAGAGUCCGAUCCAAGUUUUGAGGGUACUCCAAACCAGAAAGGUCAAACACCGUUCUACAUAGCUGUGGAAAAAGGGCACGCCGAUACAGCGAAGAUGCUCGGUACAGCUUGCACAACUCCACAUUUUUUGGUGGGUCCUGGUGGUCAUUUGACUGCUUUGCAUGCUGUUGUCAAGAAUCUUGACGAAGAUGUCAAAGAUGUGAUUGAAAUGAUCAUUGAUCAAAUCAAAAAGCACAACACAAAUGUUCUUCAUGAUGAAAUAUUUUACGAAACUGACGAGGAUGGAUAUACUGUGUUAGAAGUGGCGGUGGAGCAAAACCAAAUGGAAGUGGUUAAUUUGAUAUUAGAUUUACAACAUCCCGCCGCCUCAAAGAGAAAUGAUGGUGCUUUUAUCAGUCUCAUGCCUGUAAUAUAUAAAGCCGACGAGAAGCGUUACACCAAGAUUGUCGACUUACUCACCCAAAGGUACGACGAGGGAUCUAAAUUGUCUAAAGACUUCAAAGAUCAAGUCCGUUUGAUAUCGGCGAUUAAAAGUGGCGAUAAAGACACCGUCGUCAGCCUAUUGGAUGCAGGCCGUGGUGGCCAGCGUCUUGUGACCUUUGUUGACAAGCAGCGUCUUGUGACCUUUGUUGACAAGCUUGGUUGGACAGCCCUUCAUCAUGCGGUAUAUCAUGAAUCUAUUCCAAUAAUUAAACACAUAGCAGAAGCUCAAAAAGGGAUUAAACCUAAAUCUGGGUACAAAGAUAAGGUACCUACACCGUUUCAUGUAGCUGUCCAAAAAGGACGGACUUCUAUAGUGACACUUCUUAUGCAAUUAUGGCCAACUUCCUCUUCAACAUAUACUGCUGUUGAUAAAAAAGGACAAAAUAUACUACAUUUGGCGGCAUUGCAGAGCAAAAAAGAUAUGAUAGAAGGUAUUCUUAAAAAUUGCCCAGCAGAGCAUAAGAAAGAGUUUGUGAACAAGCAGAAUAACAAUGGCUAUACAACUCUUCACGUGCUUAUCCAACGUGGUUGCUUUGUUCCGGAACUUUUAAAAUACGAAGGACUUGAUACAAGUGUGAAAAACAAUAAGGACUGGACUCCUUCGGACAUGUUGUAUGUCGAGGACGAAAUUAGGAUGGACCAGGCGAAAAUCAAAGUGGCACUUGAUCAUUUCCAAAUUAAUGGUAAAAAGGAUAUUUUUUCAAGUUCAGUGUUCACAACUAGUGAACGAGAGAAAAAAGACGUGGAAUUUAGGAAAGCAGCACAAAAAAUGAUCGAUGGAAUGCUUGCACUGAUGAGAGAAAAUAGUGGAGUUGUUGCAAAGUGUUAUGCCGAUGCCAUUGGCGGAGAUCCUAUAUCUAGAGCUGCAUUGGAGAUUGAAGCCGAUACACCCAACAAAGAGGGAGAAACUAUCCUUCAUGUUGAAUCAAAGAAUGGAGCUAUAGAAAACGUUCGGUUCAUUUUGAGUGCGUUUGCAAAGAAAAAUCUUUUGGUCAGGCUGGAUAAUCGAAAACAAAGUGCACUUCACCUUGCAGCACGUCAUGGACACGCUAAAGUGGUUGAGGCUCUCCUUAGUGCAGUCAAACGUAAUUUGCCUCCUUCCUCAGCACUCCAUGCAGAUUUUAAACCAUUACUUGAGAGAAGUGAUGAGUCCAGACGCACUCCGUUAGAAUUGGCAAUGUUCCACAAUCACGUGAACGCUGUUGAACUGAUAUUACUUGAAGAUCCGGCCUAUCAAGAUGGCCGUGGAAGUAGAAAUCAGGGUCUUUUGCAUUUAAUCUCCCAAGCCAGGGAGAAUAAAUACAAUGAGAAAAUUGUCCAAUUACUGUGUGCAACUUUCGAAACUGGGAUCGACCCUAAUCUUAAAGGCGUGGUAGAUUUGAUUAUGGCUAUUCAAAGACACGAUGCAGAUCCUAUAUCCAAACUCUUGGAAGGAGAUCAAGAUAAUAAACAUUUCCUAAAUUUUGUGGACUCUGAAGGAUGGACCCUGCUUCAUCAUGCAGCAUAUCACCAAUUUGAUUCUAUACUCAGUGUCAUGAUAGAAGCUCAAGAAAAAGUAGGAUAUCAAUUUGUAUGUAAAGAGGGGGUAGCAACACCAUUUCACGUAGCAGCAAGAUGUGGACAUACUUCUACUGUUAUUCGACUUCUGCGAUUAUGGCAGACUUUGUCCCGGUACACAACAGUCGAUGAAAAUGGUCAAAAUAUUAUGCAAGCUGCGCCCUCUCCGUACACAGCAGUUGACGAGAAUGGUCAAAACAUAUUACACUUGGCUGCUCUUAAGAAUAAAAAGGAGAUGGUGAAUGGUAUUUUAAAAUGUUGUCCACCAAAGCAGAAGGACCAGCUUUUAUUCAAAAAAGAUGGCGAGGGCAAUACACCUCUUCAUUCACUUGUCUCUGAAGGAUGCUUCAUUCAGGAUCUCAUCAAAUAUAUAGCAGGUGAUACAACCAAUAACGAUGGUUGGACUCCCAGAGACAUGUUAUAUAUUCAACAUGACAUUGUUGGUGAUCAGGUACAAAUAAAAAUGGCACUGCAUGAUCAUAUGAUCAACACCGAUAAGUCUAGGAAACUUUGGUCUGGUAGCCGAAGGAAAAGUACUUCUUCAAGUUUAGCAGUGCUCCCCCAUAGUAGACGAGAGAAAAAAGAUGUCCUAUUUAAUGAAGGCCAAAACGAGUUGACGAAAAAAAAGAAUAAAAAGAUGCAAGAAGAUCUGCAAAGAUAUAGAGAGGGGACCAACAGCCAGAUCGUAGUUAGUGCACUUAUAACUACCAUAACUUUUACGGUAGGAUUCACCAUACCUGGUGGUCUUCAUCAAAGUGGAGAAAGUAAUCAAGGAUUGGCGGUUCUUUCAAAAAAGGCAGCUUUUAAAAUAUUUAUGAUAGCCGAUGCCUUUGCUUUGCUAUUGUCCAUCUGUUCUUUGUUCAUCUACUUUCUUGAAAAUAUGUCUGAAGAUCUCGAGCAUGUGACCAGACUUCAUGCAAUGGCAGUUGGGCUGAACAUCGCUUCUGUUAUGUUGACGAUGUUUGUUUUUAUGACAGGAACGUAUGUUGUGUUAUCCGAGUCAUUAUCCCUGAGCAUUACCAUUUGCGUAAUCGGUUCCCUCUUCUUUAUUUUUGUCAUUUUCCAACUGCUGAAGAUUGCAUAUGAGCGAGUACGGAAGAAUGACGAUUACAAGAAAGAAGCUUGAGUAUC